UCAAAACAAAAACCAUUUUUGUAUGAAUUGUAAGUUUAUUAGCACCUAUAUAAAUAAAUAUAUGUAGCACCUUUUUUUUGAAUAAUUUCACGAUUUUAUUGUCAAAUUAAAAUUAAAUAAAACUGACCGAAUUUGUUAAUAUUACUAAAUACGCAUUAGUGCGUACGUGUGAUGAAUAAAUUUCUUACAAUCGAAAAAAUAAAGAAACAAACCGUGCAUAAAAUGGCAGGUGGUGAUUUUAUGCAAAUUAAUGAAACCCGUAAACAAGCGAUACAAUCAAAUUAUGAAAGUGAUAUAAGGAAAAACUUAGGCGAUGAUGAAUGUAAAAGUAUUAAACACACUAAUCCAGCUAUGUAUAUUGAAUCAUUUCAUGAUAAUAAAGUUAAUGAAUCGGAAUCAUAUGUGUUAGAUUUAUCGUCAUUAGACAAUCCAUCAACAUGUCGUACAACGAUAUUAACGAGUGAUGCUGGUUCCUUUGCUACUGACCGUUCUGAAACAUUAAAAAAUACUGAGAUCCGAUACAUUAAUUCAGCUAUAUUUAUCGAGCAUGUUGACUCAUGUGACGAAGAAAUUGAAUAUAAUGACAAAGAAUCAUAUCAAAGUACAUACCGUAAAACUGAUUUACGGCAAUCAGCACAACUGACAAGAACGCAUGCAAAGAAAUUAACUGGUAAAAGUGUUGUCAAUAUUCCACAACAUGUAAAGUCAGCAACGAAUUAUGGAACAAAUUUAAAAUUUAAAUCAUCCACGCACACAGAUAUGUAUUCAACAGAGGAUGAAUCUCGACCACGUCGAUUAACCUUUGAUGAAUGGCUUGCAUCUAAACAACAAUUGACAAAUCGCCCGAAGAAAGUGUCCAAUGAUGAAAAAACUGAUAAUAUAGAUAAUGAGCAUCAACGAAGAAGACGUAUGGACGAACAACGGGAAGAUUUUAAGCGUUGGCUAGCCAUCAAACGAGAACAAGAUAAAUUGAAAAAGAAAGAAUUGGAAGUACAAAAGGAAAAAAUAAAACGCGAGGAAGAAUUGAAAAAUCAAAGAUUUGCGGAAAAAGAAUCGAUGUUAAAAUCGUGGAUACAACGAAAAGAUGAACAAUUAAAAGAAAAGAAACGUCGUGAGGAAAUGAGAAAGAAAAAACUGGAGGAAGAAAAGAAAAUGCGCAAAGAAUUAAGUGCAAAAGCGUUUGAAGAGUGGAAAGAAAAAUCUAAAUAUAAUCCUCGGCCUGUUCCUUUAAAUAUGGGUGUUGAAAGCUUACGUGGAUCAAUAUCUGCUAUACAAUUUGUCAAUCCAACACCGUGGCAAGAAAAUAUUGAUUUACGUCAAUCGUCAGCUUAAAAUAUUUUUAAUUCGAAACAUUUUAUGGGA